AUGAUUCCUAAUAUGCAACAACCAUUGGGAACAACAAUUAGUCCAUUAAUAACCAAUAUUAUUUCGACUCUGACUUCUCUUGCUAUUCUCGACGGAUCCGAUGGUAUUCUUUUUCUGUUAGCAAUUCCACCAGGUUAUUAUGCAUCGACAGAUACCAGUAAAUUGCAUGGUACAGCAACAAGUGCCCUGAUGUUAAUCGCUAUUGUUGUACUCGUGUCAUUUGCGUUUACAUUCAGUAAUGGCUAUUUAAACCAAUAUCCUGUUGAAACAGAGACAUUAUCAUCAUUUGCCUGUGACACCAGUAUUCGUAAUGCAAAGUUUGAUACAAAUCUUUUGCCUCUGUCUAUUCCACCAUCAAUCAGUACCUUGGCGGAACGAUUUACGUUUCAAUAUUAUCCUCCACUUUAUGUAUGGAUACCAUCAAUGGAACUCUAUCAACCACGAUAG